ACCGGAUUCGAUCCGCGUUAGUCUUAGUAAUCCCCUCGCUCGUUGGCCAGCAACCGCGCCACCCCGUCACACACAGCCCGCUCGCCCACGACAGAGCCCGCCGAACGCGAACCUGGCUGGGGCCCCGCCUCGCGGCCCGCGGCCCCGCCCACCGAUGCCUUCUUACAGCGAGCCGACGGGGCGUAGCCGCGCGGUGACGUCACGGGAGGCGCCCGGCGUAGGCGAAGCCUCUUUUUGAAUCUAGUUGGCGGGAGUUGCGGGUGCAGUGCGAGCUGGACGGCUAUGGAGCCCACCUCAGGGAGUGAGGAGAACGCAGGAGGCGCGGCGACAGACGAGUGCGUGAAUAAGAUCCCGGUGCCAAGACCACCCUCCAUUGAGGAGUUCACCAUAGUGAAGCCCAUUAGCCGUGGUGCAUUCGGGAAAGUGUACCUGGGACAGAAAGGCGGCAAGUUGUACGCAGUGAAGGUUGUCAAAAAAGCAGACAUGAUCAAUAAAAAUAUGACUCAUCAGGUCCAAGCUGAGAGAGAUGCACUGGCACUGAGCAAAAGCCCUUUCGUUGUGCAUUUGUAUUACUCACUGCAGUCAGCAAGCAAUGUCUACUUGGUAAUGGAAUAUCUUAUAGGUGGAGAUGUCAAGUCUCUCCUACAUAUAUAUGGUUAUUUUGAUGAAGACAUGGCUAUAAAAUAUAUUUGUGAAGUAGCAUUGGCUUUAGAUUACCUGCAUAGACAUGGAAUCAUCCACAGGGAUUUGAAACCAGACAAUAUGCUUAUUUCCAAUGAGGGUCAUAUCAAGCUGACAGAUUUUGGCCUUUCCAAAGUUACUCUGAAUAGAGAUAUCAAUAUGAUGGAUAUUCUUACAACACCAUCAAUGGCUAAACCUAAGCAAGAUUAUUCACGAACCCCAGGACAAGUCUUAUCUCUCAUCAGUUCUUUGGGAUUUUUCACACCAGUUGGAGAGAAAGAUGAAGACUCUGCAACCAUGUUUUCAGCCCCUAUGUCUGAAGCACAGCUUUCUCAAGGAUCAGUUUGCCCGAUGUCCAUAGAUCAGAAAGGGCCUACUUGCCAUUCUAGCAGACUACUAAAGUCAUGCCUUGAAAGACUUGCAUCCAAUCCAGAAAUACCUGUGAAAUGCCUGACUUCCAAUCUGCUCCAGUGCAGGAAAAGACUGGGUACAUCGAGCACUAGUAGUCUGUCUCAUAAGUUCGUGUCCAGUGUGGAGUCAGAGUGCCACAGCAGUCCCAAAUGGGAACAAGACUGUCAGGAAAGUACCAAGUCAUCUGGCUGUAAAAUGACGAACUGGAAUGUAGUUGAAAUGCUUCAUGCAAAAUCUACAAAUGCCAUUGAGACAAAAACAGAUCUUGAAUUAGCACUUUCUCCCAUUCAUAACAGCAGUGCCAUUCCUGCCACUGAAAUCAACCAUGUGAACCUCCCAAGAAAAUGCUUCUCUGAAGAAAUCUCUUGGGAACCAAAAGAACCAGAUAUAAAUAAUGAGAACAUGACCAUUGACAUGAAACAAUCUGUUUUCCAUCACUCCAAUCAGUGGGCUAUAAAUUCUAGUGGUAUGUCUGAAGAACACCUUGGCAAAAGAAGUUAUAAGAGGAAUUUCCAAUUGGUUGACUCUAGUCCUUGUCGGGAAAUUAUACAAAGUAAAAAAAACUGUAUAGAGUAUAAGCAUAGUAAGGAAAUGAUAGAUUGCUAUGCAAAUCAAAAUACAGGUAUCACAGUUGAAGUCCAGAAUCUGAGGCUGUCAGGAUCCAGAAGUCAACAAAAUGACUCUGCUAAUAAGGAGAACAUUGUCACCUAUUUUACUGGUAAACAAACCCCCGAAGAAUUACAUAUACCAAUGAUAGCAAAAAACCUUAUGUCUGAACUCGAUGAAGACUGUGAGAUGACUAGUAAAAAGGACUGCCUAAAUUCUAAUUCUCUAUGUUCUGAUGAGGAUACAGCUCCUCAUACUGUCUGUGUGGAUUCAGACUCAUCUUUUCCUGGACUUUCUAUGAUGGAAAGUUCACUAGAAAUUCAGUCUUCAGAACCAGAUAAAGGCAACAAAGAAUACUCUUUUGAAGAAGCAAAUAUUGAAGAUGUACUUGUAUUACCACAGUGCCAAGAAAAUUCCUUGCCAAAAGAUGAUUGGCAUACUUCUAUCCAAGAUAAUAGCCAAAUGUUAGCUCCCUCUUCAAGGGCCCUGAACCCGCUAACCUCAAAAACAAAUGUCGUAGCUUUUCGAAGCUUUAACAGUCAUAUUAAUGUAUCCAAUAAUUCAGAACCAUCCAAGAUGAGCGUAAGUUCUUUAGACACUAUGGACAUUUCCUAUGAUUACCGCGGCUCGUAUCCCAUGGCUGUGACCCCUACUCAAAAAGGAAGAUCCUGUAUGUCACAUCAGCAGACUCCAAAUCAGCUGAAGUUGGGAACAUCAUACAGAACUCCAAAGAGUGUGAGAAGAGGGGCAGCCCCAGUGGAUGAUAGACGAAUUCUAGGAACUCCAGAUUACCUGGCACCUGAGCUCUUACUGGGUACAGCCCACGGUCCUGCAGUAGACUGGUGGGCACUUGGAGUCUGCUUGUUUGAAUUUCUAACUGGAAUUCCCCCUUUUAAUGAUGAAACCCCACAACAAGUAUUCCAGAAUAUUUUAAAAAGAGACAUCCCCUGGCCAGAAGGUGAAGAAAAGUUAUCUGAUCAUGCUCAAAGUGCAAUAGAAAUACUUUUAACCAUUGAUGAUACAAAGAGAGCUGGAAUGAAAGAACUGAAACAUCAUUCUCUCUUCAGUGAAGUGGACUGGGAAAAUCUGCAACAUCAAACGAUGCCUUUCGUACCCCAACCAGAUGAUGAAACAGAUACAUCCUAUUUUGAAGCCAGGAAUAAUGCUCAGCAUCUGACCAUAUCUGGGUUUAGUCUGUAGAACAUACAUGACAUUUUUAACUAACCUUGUGAUAUAGAAUUAAGCUUUCCAAUAAUAUAUUCCUUAGUACUAAAUUGAUCUAACAUGAUAGAAGUCAUUAUUUUACCAAGACUAAUGAGCUUUCAAUUACUAAAUACAACAGCUUUUACAGAGUUAAAAUACUUUAAGAAAUAUGUAAUUUAUCUUUACGUUAAACUGCAUAUAAAUAAUCAAGGCUUUUUUCAUCUUAAUAUCUUAUUUAGUUGCUGCACUUUAUGAAAACUAACAUUAUCGAUAAACUAAAACACUACUAUGCUAUACAGAGGGAAUGAACCAUAAGCUUGUCUACAUCUGCUGAUUUCAUUAUUCUGUUGGCUUUGGCUUUACUAUCAAACAAACAAAAAAGGGCUAUUUCAUUUAAUUUGUACAUGGUUGCCUGCAAAACUGUGGUCUCAGGGCAGCCAUAAAAGAUAAUACAUGACUAUCAAAAUCAUUUGAGCCAGACAUGCUGGAACAAGCCUGAAGACCCCAUAUCAAGAGGCGAACACAAGACAGGAGUAUGACUGCAAUUUCAAGAGUAAGGCCCCCCGGUACACCUCUAAGCUGGAGACCAGCCAGGACUAUAGUGAGGCCCUUUCUUGCAGAGCUUUAAAACAAUAAAAAAGGUAGCUGGAAAACUAUUACUCAGUAGUUAACUUUGCAGCGUGCAGCUCCUGCUGAUAGACUUGCUGCCUGGUUGCUUCUGUUGCACAAUCCACAAUCCCUGUUUAAGAGUUCUAGAAAGGUGGGUGUAGCACUUUCAGCAAUUUUAAUAGCUUGUUCAGUUUUAAUAGAAAAACUGUAUACUUUAUAUCUUAUCAUUUCUAAUAUCAUCAGAGACAAAUAAUAAUAUAAUUUUGCCUAGUAACUGUAACUAAUGAUUGUCAUCAACAUUCUUUCCAAAGAAUGUACUAAGAAUCAACUCAUAAGUCUUAAACUAAUUGAGGCUUUUAGCAUUUCCUGAGAACAAAAUUAAGAUUUAAAUGUACCAUAGGUAAGGUUUUGCUAAUAACCUUUUGAACACUGACUUUAGAGUUUCUACUUUCCAUUACCACCUACCGAAUCACAGCCCAGAUAUAAUGUAGUUUGCAAAGAUGAAACAAGUUUAUAUCUGUUCCAAUAAAAGACAAAGCAUAAUC